AUGGCAGCACGGUCUAUGUCUAUGGCGUCCAUCAGGACUCUGCUUCGACGGCCGUGCUUGUUGACGGGGCGUGCCGUGAAUCAAAUCCCAUCUGCUUUGAACCAUUCUAACCCCCGUGCCUGCCACUCCUCUGCAGCAGACAACAGCAACAAACUUGAAACGGGCCUCCAGUACAACAAGGAAAACUGGGCGCCCGCAUACCCCGAGCGCUUCCCCGAGCUCGCCCACGGCCAAAAGCCGCAAAUCCUCUGGAUCGGCUGCUCCGACUCGCGCUGCCCGGAGACAUCGCUCCUGGGCCUGAAUCCCGGCGAUGUCUUUGUGCACCGCAACAUCGCCAACAUCGUGCACGAAGCCGACCUCAGCUCUUCGUGCGUCAUUGACUUUGCCGUCGGCGUGCUCAAAGUCAACCACAUCGUGCUGUGCGGCCACACCGCCUGCGGAGGCGUGAAUGCUGCCCUGGGCAACUCCAAACUCGGCAUCCUGGAUACCUGGCUGCUGCCGCUGCGGAAGCUGAGGCAAGAGAAUCUCGAGGCUCUGCAGGCCCUGGAGCCCGCCCACGCUAUUGUCAAAUUGGCCGAGCUCAACGUGCUCGAUGGCAUCAGCAAGCUUAAGGAAAAGGGCGUCGUGAUUGACGCUAUUGAGCAGCGCGGCUUGAAGGUACAUGGUGUUAUCUAUGAUGUUGCCUCGGGCUUGUUGCGUGAUGUUGGUGGCGGAGAGGAAUCCCAGGGUGCUGUCAAGGCUCGCCUGGCUGCGUUUAAGAUUGCCUAG